UAAGCACUCUAAUCAUAUCAAAUUGUUCUCAAAUGGAAGAAAUUUUCAAGUGCUCAAAUAUUGAACAUCAUGACAUUGACAGUGAAAGGGAGCUCACAUUACCAAGCAUGAAACAUAUGGAGCUUAAGAACUUGCCAAGACUUGUUAAUAUGAUCAGCCAAGGGUUUAACUUUAAGUUGCACACAGGGGAGUUUUGCAGAGUUGAGGUUCAUGACUGCCCAAAACUCAUGCCAAUUAAGAGGGCAACUAUUGACUGGACAAAAGAGGGACUUGUAAGGAAAUAUGUGUUGAAAGACAGCCAAUUAAAUAAUAACGAGGCUCUCAAUCAUCCUCUUUCUGUUCUAAAUCCUAGAGAGCUUGAUAGUCAAGCUCCUAGAGUUGAACACCGGUGGCGAGUCAUGGGUGAUUAUGAGCAAGAAGAAACCAACAACUCAGAGCAACAAAUGCUAGGAGGUCUUGUUCCCACACAAGUUUUGAGCUUCCAAUAUCUUUGUUCCUUAAAAGUAACUCAUAGUAAAAAGUUGAAGUUUUUGUUCUCAAUGAGCACUUUCGUCCACAACAGCCUUCCCAAGUUGACUUCCCUGACCUUAGCUGAUUGUGAGGAAUUGGAGGAAAUAAUUGCUGAAAAUAAGGAACAUCAAAUCAUGUCCAAUGUUCAAGUUUGCUUCCCAGAAUUAAGACAGUUGGUGGUUGAGAGGUGCAACAAGCUCAAAAGACUCUUCUCUAUGUCCAUGACUAUUAGUCUUCCACAACUAGACUCUUUGUGGAUAAGUGAGGCUAAUCAAUUAGAGGCAAUUUUUGGACAUGGUAGUGAAAAGGAUGCCAGCUAUGGUGAGACAACUGUGCUUUCAAGCUUGAGGAUGAUAGAACUAAGAAAUUUGCCAAAUUUGAUUAGUGUUUGUGAAGGGUCAGAGUUUCAAGGGCAGUUAAGCAACAUCAACAUACACAACUGCCCCAGAUUUGUGGAUUCAAGUUUGGGAAGGGCCCUUCAACAAUUGGCAAUAAUAUCAUUCUUGCAGGUUUUAACAGAAGAUUCAAAUGUUCAAACAUCAUCAAAUGCAGAAAAACAAUUGCCUGUAAAUGAAGAAAAAGGGAUGAUGUUGAUCUCAAGCGCAGAGUACUUGUCUUUGGAGGAUUCAAAUGACCUCAUAUAUGUAUGGGAGGGUCCCAGUUUUUUCAUGUUCCAAAAUCUUAAGCAGUUAUGUCUGAGUGGAUGUAGAAAAUUGAAGUGCAUCUUCUCUAGCACCAUGAUCAGAAGCCUCCCAUGUUUGGAGUAUCUAAGCAUUGAAGAAUGUGAGGAGAUGGAGGAAAUAAUGUCAUCAGAAGAAGAGCAUCAUCACUUUCCAAAUUCUUUCUGCUUCCCACAACUUCACACUCUAGUUGUCUUUAGAUGCAGAAAGUUGAAAUGGCUCUUCCCCUCUUUGACCUCUUCUCAACCUCUUCCACAGUUGAAAUAUCUAAGGAUUAAAGAGUGCUCUCAACUAAAGGGACUUUGCAGUUGCAAACUAGAAAUCCAAGAAGAAGGGUUUUACAACAACAUACUUCCAGAGCUGAUAGAUCUUCAUGUUAAGGAUUGCCCCAUCUUCUCCAAAAUCACACUUUCUGCUCUUCAAAGUCAAGCGGCGACAAAACGAAGAUACAGAUUUUGGUGGUGACGACGAUGAUGAUGGCAUAUAAUUUGUACCAGUUGCUUCUAUUUAUCACUUCAAGAUGCAUUGCAUACAGUCAACAUUGCAGAAGGGAUAUUCAUUUGUCUCAUUUUUAUUUAAGUGCUUUGGUUUUUUGUUGUCUA